AUGGAGUCGUUGGCGUCUGAGCUGUACGGAGUUCAGGCUGUGCGCUUCGGGGAGUUCGUCCUGAAGAGCGGCCUGGUCUCCCCGGUCUAUAUCGACCUCCGCGUCCUCGUGUCGUAUCCGGCGCUGCUAAAUAAGGUAGCAGAUCUCCUUUUCUGUUCAGCGAAGGAUGCUGCACUCAAGUAUGAUUCCGUCUGUGGAGUUCCGUACACAGCUUUGCCCUUGGCGACUAUAAUCUGCUCAACCAACAAGAUUCCAAUGCUUAUACGGAGAAAAGAAGCCAAAGAUCAUGGAACCAAACGCCUUGUGGAGGGCACAAUUAAUUCAGGAGAGACUUGUCUGAUCAUUGAGGACAUAGUAACCAGCGGUUCAAGUGUCUUGGAAACGGCAGAGGUCCUUUGGAAAGAGGGACUUAAGGUUACCGAUGCCAUUGUGCUGUUGGACAGAGAACAAGGAGGGAAAGCCAUGUUGGAAAAACGUGGAAUUAGGCUGCACUCCGUGUGCAGCUUGUCUCAAAUUCUCAAAAUCCUUGAACAGCAGGAAAAAAUUACUUCUGAAACGGUAGUAAGAGUGCAAAAAUUCAUUCAAGACAACACUUUUAAACCAUCUGAGCAAAAUGUGAAAAGGGUAUGCAAAGAAAUAAGUUACGCUUCUCGGGCUGAGCUACCAGGCAUCCAUCCUCUGGCUGCUCGUCUUCUCAGGCUCAUGGAGAAAAAACAGUCUAACUUGUGCCUUUCUGCUGAUGUGAACAGUUCCAAAGAAUUGCUCCAGCUGGCUGACACUCUGGGACCAUCCAUCUGCGUUUUGAAAACUCACAUUGAUAUUCUGGAUGAUUUUACUCAGGAAGUAGUGAAAGAGCUGAGUGUGCUUGCUGCUCGGCACGAAUUCUUGAUUUUUGAAGACCGAAAAUUUGCAGACAUUGGAAAUACAGUGAAGCAUCAGUACAAAGGCGGUGUUUUCAAAAUAGCAUCAUGGUCAGAUAUGGUUAAUGCCCAUGCAGUUCCUGGCCCAGGCGUUCUUAAAGGGCUGAAAGAAGUAGGGCAUCCUUUACAACGCGGGUGUCUCUUGAUUGGUGAGAUGAGCUCCAGCGAGUCCCUGGCCACUGGAGACUAUACGAAAGCCGUCGUCAAAAUGGCUGAAGAUCACUCCGAUUUUGUUCUGGGAUUUAUUUCUGGGUCCAGAAUUACUGAAAAACCUGAAUUUCUUCACUUAACUCCAGGUGUCCAGAUGCAAGCUGGAGGUGAUAGCCUUGGGCAGAAGUACCUAAGUCCACAAGAGGUUAUUAGAAAACGAAAUUCAGAUAUCAUCAUUGUAGGACGGGGCAUCUUGUCUGCAUCAGAUCGCCGGGCUGAAGCAGAGGCGUAUAGGAAACUAGCCUGGGAAAGUUACUUGCAGAGGAUUGGUGUUUGUACCCAAAAUUAACCAAGUUGGUUUCCACUAAACAAGCCAUUCCAAGAAGCUAGCACAACUAAGAUGAAUGUGUUUUGUCCACCAAGUGUUUUUGUGCGUUAAAAUAAAUUUGCCACUGAGGGAUUUGGAAGCUAUCACACAAAUAACAGCUAUGGCACUUCUUGACACCAAAAUCAAGCAAUCGGUUUUUAUAUUGAGAUUAUUUUGGACUUGUGUCCUUGUGUUUAGAGUAAAAUAGAAAACCGUUCAUAGGUCUUUGAAAACAUCAGUAAUAUAAAAAUGGAGAUAAGUCAGAAAACAAGAUAUAUCUUUAUAUAGCUUAUGCACUCCUGGUUAUCAGUUCUUAAUUGUUUUCUGUAUUAAAAUAGGAGGAGUCUCCCUAGAGGGUGGGCAUUUCAGUCACAUCUGGAAUAUGCUUGACGAAAGAGCUGACUGUUUAGUAUAAUUAAGACACUUCUUAAUGUUUUAGCAAAUGCUUUGCUAAUGUAGAGAUAACUUAAUAUCUCAUGUUACAUACAGAAAAUGUAUUUCUCCUGUUGAUAAUUAUCUGGAAUGUGAGAUGUAUGAACAUCUUUUACAAUAUUAAUUUUAAAUAUGAACAUAUGAAUACAUCAGUGGUUUUGUAUGGGAAUAGUAGAAUAAUAUGUACGUUGUCUUACAUAAAACAUUGCAUUUAUGAAUGUUUGGGGUCUUAUGAAAGAUUUGCAGCAUAAAUGAAAUAUUAGUACAGAUGUAAUAUUUCUAAUUCUGAAAUGGUCCAGAAUUCUCAAGAACUUGUCUUAACCAGCCACAGGGUUGUUGUUUUUUCCUUAUUCAGUUGAGUCAUCAAAUUCUUCUAUAAAAGUCCUUACAUAUUUCAAAUAAAGUUUAUUCUGAUGUAUAAAAGGCCGCCUAUAAUGUUAUGAUUCUGAUUUAACCAUAUUUUAAACUCUCAUAAUUUGCAAAGUAUGUGAAUAAAAUAGUAUUUCUUUCAUAAA